GCACAUCAAAUUUACAGGCACCGACGCGCGAUUUGCCAAAUUUUCACGUACCAAACCAAGGCGGCAACAACCCACUGGGAUGAUCGGAUUCCACGCGGCUCUGCACGUGCUGCCCACUCCGCGCACCGUGUCCUCCUCCUCCGGUAUAAACGCGCGCGGCGAUGUUUCCUUCCUUCAGCCAUUCCGCGCCUUGCUGCACCACCACCACCAUCUAAGAUCCCACCAAACUGCACAGGGAGAUCGAGCAAGGAGGAGGAAGAGAACGCCGCAGCUGCAGAGCCAUGGAGGGCCACCAGAAGCAGAGCCUGAUGGACAAGGCCAAGGGGUUCUUGGCGGAGAAGAUCGCGCACAUCCCCAAGCCGGAGGCGUCGCUGGACGGCGUGUCCUUCAAGGGCAUGGACCGCGAGUGCAUCACCCUGCACAGCAACGUCAACGUCUCCAACCCCUACGACCACCGCAUCCCCAUCUGCGAGGUCACCUACACCCUCAAGUGCGCCGGCAAGGUUGUUGCGUCUGGCACGAUGCCCGACCCGGGGUGGAUCGCGGCGAGCGACACGACCAAGCUGGAGAUCCCGGCCACGGUGCCGUACGACUUCCUCAUCUCGCUGAUGAAGGACGUGGGCAGGGACUGGGACAUCGACUACGAGCUCCAGGUGGGGCUCACCGUCGACCUCCCCAUCGUCGGCAAUUUCACCAUCCCACUCUCCAGCAGCGGCGAGUUCAAGCUCCCAACUUUUAAGGACUUGUUCUAAUCAAGCUCCCAACCGAGACUAUAUCUUGCAAAUAAUGUCAGCUCUUCUGUUCCAGUUCUACUACGACCACAUAUCGGCAGAACUGAACAGGUCCUGUGUGGGAUUAAUUGUGCCUUAUUUUAUGAAGGAAUUGUUUGCCUUGAUGCGAUCGAUUGCAUCGUUCUAUAAACUUCUUUUUACGAAGGA